AUGUCUUACCCCGAAAUGAAAGUUCUAAAAUCCUCUUGUGAUGCCAUGACACUUGAGAAAUUGGGCAAAACGGUCGUCCAUCAUACGUCAGCCCAUGGCAUCCCCAACAUCUUCCGCUCAAGGCACUGGUUCAGACGGCUGGUGUGGUUGACCUUUGUGAGUUUUGCACUUUGCUGUGCCCUCUGGCAGUGUACCGAGAUGGUCAUGACGUACUACACCUACCCAUCGCACGAGAAGAUCAUGCUUAUCUCCAGUGCCAAGCUCAAGUUCCCAGCGGUCACCAUCUGUAACUUAAACAGCGUUAAGCUCUCCUCCUUAAAGCGUAGCUUCACCAUGGCCACUUCACUGCACGACUCAGGAUUGGAGUUAACCCAUCGUAGGAACCGUUCGCACAGUAACAAUGGCUCCUCUGAGUUCGCAGAUGAACACAUUCAAUACACAAGCGCCUUCAACAAGUUCGCGUCUGAAUUUAACCAGCUUUCCGAUGAGCAGAAGGUGGAGAUGGGCCAUCAGCUGGAGGAGAUGCUGAUUUUCUGCAGUUUUCAUGGUCAGGAAUGUAACUCCAGUUACUUCUCUAUGUUUAUUAACUAUAAAUUUGGAAACUGCUUCACCUUUAACUCUCAGAAACCCGUAGAAUUCAGAGCGAACCCUGUUAGUACGCAGCAGCCUCUCAAUAUAACCAAAGCUGGCUUCAUGUAUGGGCUGCACUUGGAGCUGUUUAUCGAACAGAUUGAGUAUGUCAGAGACAUUACGCAUGCGGCCGGUAUCCGUCUCCUCAUCCAUGACCAGACUCAGAUGCCGUUCCCGGAAGAUGAAGGCGUCAAUGUUCCUCCAGGAGCUGAAACCGAUAUUGGGAUGAUGAAGGUGCACAUCGAGAGAUUAAAGGCCCCAUAUGGCAGUCAGUGUACGGAGGGUGAAAAUAUAAAGAACUUUUAUAAAGAGGCCUAUGGUGCUGGAUAUACAAGAGAGGCGUGUAAGAGAACAUGCGCACAGCAGAACAUCAUGGACAAUUGUGGCUGCAGUCACUGGGAAUUUGCCUAUCCAAAGGAGCUGUUCGUUCCCAAGUGUAAUCUCAGUGAUACAGCUGUCCGUCAAUGUGUGAAACUGUAUGAAUUCAAGUUCGCACACGAUGAGUUAAACUGUCACUGUCCCUUACAGUGCAAAGAAGAACUGUAUGAACUAACCGUAUCAGGGUCACAGUGGCCGUCCACUGCGUUCAUUGAGAAUUUUGCCAAAGAGUUGAAGGAGAUGGGAGGUCACAUGAAAGAUAUUGCUGAUAACCCAGCUCUUAUCAGAGAUAACUUUGUGAAAGUUGUCGUUUACUUUAAGCAGCUAAACUUUGAGUUAAUUGAGGAGGAACCAUCCAUGACGGAAAUUAACUUGAUUUCAAACAUGGGAGGUCUUGUAGGCCUCUGGGUGGGCUUCUCUGUCUGCACUCUGGCCGAGUUUUUCGAGCUGUUUUUGGAUGUCCUACUGCUCUUUAUCCGGAGAUGUCUGAGGACACAAGGGAAUCGAGAAGGAUACUCUAACCCAUACGUCCAAAAACAGAAUCCUAUUUACCUCCAGAGGACCACAAAACUUUAAAAGGGAGCGUGUGUGGCUGUCAUAUUAGUGUUGCAUGAAAACAAUAGCAAAUGAGAAGUGCAAGGUAUUAAAAAUAAAAUGAAAGAAUACAUGGAACUGAAAUCCAACAAAUACAAAAACUUUUGCCUUAAAUAUUGUCUUGCUUAGUACAAUCAUACAAUACAUAUCAGAUCAGGCAACCCGCGCAUGCUUCAUAACAUCAGAGGUAUUAGUACUGUACAUUGGUAGAGACCCUCAUACUAUGGGAAGAAAGAGAAUGCGGA